ACCGCGGCACCGCCAGGGCACCGCCAGGGCACCGCGCCGCUCGCCCGCCCCUGUGAUAUCGAGUGCCGCGUGUGUGUGGGUGGGUGGGUGAGAGUGUGUGUGUGCGCGCGCCGUGGUAGAGGGCGGCGCCGGUUCUUCAUGUGAACAAAAUGCCACAUGUGAGCAGCGGUGGCGGUGGUGACGACUUGGGAAGCACCGAUGAAGUUAAAGUGUUCAAAGAUGAAGGCGAGGACGAGAAAAGAUCGGAGAACUUGACGGAGGAGAAGAGUAGCUUAAUAGACCUCACGGAAUCCGAGGAAAAGACCGGCGGCGGCCAGUCGUACUCGUCCGGGAAACAUGCGUCCCGACCCGAUCUCAGUCCGGUGUAUGGGAAGCUGGAGCCCACUCCCCAUACGUCGAGUUUCAACAUGGGCUACCUCGUGUCACCGUACUCUUACCACAACGGCGCCGCCGGACCCAUCCCUGUCUCAAUGGAAACGUCCUCGCACUGUGUAAAAGAUGAAGAUUUUGAGCUUCAGACAUCGCCGAGAAGUAGGCACUCAUUAGUUGACACGUUCAAAACCUGCACAAUGGCUGUCAUCUUGCGUGAUCUGGUCACUAGACCAGCCCAAAUCGUGGAAAUGGCAUUAAAAGGAUGA